AUGGAGACGCUCGUGGAUGACGUGGGGGGGGCGUUACCACCAAAGGGACCGAACGCGGCGGGCGCGAGCGAGGCGAGCGCGGUGCCGGGACACAGGAGCUGGAUAUCGCGCUCGUGGACCUGGGGCUCAGACUUGGUGAACGCCGCGGCGGGCGCCGUGGGGGACGGGUUGAACUACCUGGCUGGGUACGAUGAUCUCGAGGUCACGGAGGGUGGAGAGGGCGCGCACGCGGGAGAACACACCGAGGGCGAGGCGGUGGAUGAGCGUAAAGCGAUGUGGGCGCAGCUGAAGGAGAUGAUGGGGUCGGAUGUCAUGAGCGUGUUUUCGUUGCCGACGUUUCUGAUGGAACCCGUCUCGACGCUACAAAAAAUGGCGGAAAUCAUGCAGUAUCAAAGACUCCUCGACGACGCGAAUGAGGAAGAAGACCCGGAGGUGCGAUUGGCCAAGGUGACGGCGUUCGCGGUCGCGGUUUACUCCACGAUGGAGCGUGCAAAAAAGCCAUUCAAUCCCAUCCUCGGCGAGACUUUCGAGCUGAAGAUGGACGACGGAAGCACCUACCUGGCCGAGCAAGUGAGCCAUCACCCACCCAUCGGUGCCGGUCACGUUAAAACGAAAAAUUUUACGUACGACAUCACUUCCGCGGUCACGACGAAGUUCAUGGGCAAUUGGGUUGACGUGUUCCCGGUCGGUCGCACGCGAAUCACGCUGCACAAGACGGGUGAGAUUUUCAACAUUGUCCCACCGAAUUCGCGCGUGAACAACUUGAUCAUCGGCCGUAUCUGGAUCGACACUUUCGGUCCGAUGAAGGUGAUGAAUCUGACCUCGGGUGCCAUCGCGGAGUUGGAUUUCAAGGCGUGCGGUAUGAUGAGUCUUGGCCGUUACGUUGUGAGCGGGGAGAUCAAGCGUCCGGACGGAACUCCGGCGUUGAACGUCUCCGGACAUUGGAACCGGGACUUGAGCUACUCGAUUGUGGACGGGGGUGCAUCGGUGAAGCUUUGGGAGGUUGAUCCAUGGCCGAAACCGGCCAAUAAGUACGGGUUUACAACGUACACGAUCGGCAUGAACGAGAUGUCGAGUGCGCCCGACUAUGGUUUGUUAGCGUCCGACUCUCGACUGCGUCCGGACCGGGUGGCGCUUGAUAAGGGGGAAACGAAUGCGACUUCGCUGAAGCAUCAGCUCGAGGAACAACAGCGCGCCGAGCGACGUGAGAGAAAAGAAAAGGAUGACGUGUGGGCACCGAGAUGGUUUAAGAAGGCGGAGGAUGCCGAAUUGCACGAGCUCGAAGAAGCUGUUGGAACUGAUGUGUGGGAGUACAACGGCGAGUACGACGCGAACAAACCGGUGGGGGCACCGAAGAAAUUCAGUCCAUGGCAGUAUCCGAAGGAUUAA